CGUUAAACAAUUAUUUUGUGCUCAUCACAUUGCGUAUAUUUUAAACUCUCUAGCUUGGACUAUUUACACUUGCCGCAAUGCCCGUUGAAAGCUAUGGUGUCUGGAAGGCAAAGCCCGUCCGCUACACCUACGAGGAUAGGCACCAAGAUCCGGUGUCGCCACAUCUGUCGCUCUUCUUUACCGACGAUGAGGGCACAGAGGGUCGCGCUGCUAUCAACAUCAAGUCUGGCGAUCACACGGAGUCCCGCCUCGCAUACUGGACGCUCCCUCACUUCACUCAUCCCAUUACCGAGAAGCUCGCCGUGCUCAAUGACAGCUUCCAACUCCUUGCUGGCACAUCCGAGCAGGGACCUGGGGGCCUUGCGCUGGACUAUAUCCGUGGUAAUCUCUUCCGCCGGAGCGACGGCCGCAUUCUGGAACAUGACGUUGAAGGCCCAGACAACGACAUCCUUGAUGAGUUGAAACCUAUUCUCGAUCGUGCAAUCUCGGCCGAUGCCACGGUGUAUAUCUAUGGCUCCCGCUUUAGCAAUGGUGAGGGUAUACAUAAUAUACACAUGAACCAGGGGAGCUCACGACGCUGGAACCGGGAUAACGGAGUCUUCCAGGAUGGCGGGCUUAUCUGCAGGUUCGAGGACCAUUGGGAGGCAGUCUUCAUUGCCUUCGCAUCCCAAGCUGUCCAUACCGAGGAUGGCCCCGACGACAGCGGUCAGCCACUGCCAAGGACCGGAUUCAUGACGUGGGCAAGACUUUUGGCACCCAGGCGGACUGGUGAGGACCGGGAUGAUGAUGACCUUGCCGACUCGCCGGUGUUUAUUACCCAGGCUCGUGUCAACCCACCGGGGCGAAAUCAACAGCCGGGAGCUGCCCCAGAAACCAUCACGCUGACCAACCGCACAAAUCAGAAGUUGGACCUCAGCAAGUGGAAGGUUCUCAACACGACUGAACAGGCUCAGGAGGUGCCAUCCGGCCUGCAUAUUGCCGCCGAUGGCACCGUGACGGUGGAAAUGCCACAUGCUCCGCUCUCUAACCUGGGCGGUACCAUUACCCUUCUGAAUGCGCAAGGAAGAAAAGUCCACGGUGUCAGCUAUACGAAGGCUCGGGCUCAAGGAGACACGGUCACCUUUGAAUAGUUAGUAAUUAUCGCAUUGUGGCUAACCAGCUUUAAAAUCGCUAUCUCAGUUCUUAAGUCUAGCUACAGAAUGGAUAUUUACGUUUGAGAAAUUAAGUAUUUAAUUGGCACUUGCUAUUUUUGCUAAACAUUAAGCUGGAUCCGGCCCGCGUCCAGUUCAGGGUUAGUUUACGUGCCAUGGUCAGCAGUACAGAGAUUGAGGUUAUGGUACUAAAUUUGGUUAGGACUAGAGCAGUGCGUAAUAAUCCACUUGUCAGUGACGAAAGUCGUAUAGAGCAAGGCUGAACCCCUUUGUAGGCUCUGGUUUUUUUUAUCCUGUACUUAUUAAAGUAAACCUAUGAAUGCUUCUAGCUUAAUACAAGAUGCAUAAUAAGCAAGUGCAC